AUGGUCGAAGUCUUCAUCUCCCUCAGCGUGUUGGCCGCUGCCGCUAUGGCUGGCUCCGUCACGGAACUCCCCGAGUCUGUGACCAAGCUCAUCGACUACUCCAUCAACCCCUGCGACGACUUUUACCAGAAUGCUGUGAUACCCCCGGACAGACACAAAAUCGAUACGUCGUUCUACGAGAUCAACAUCCAAAACCAAGCCGUAUUGAGGAAGAUUUUCUCUGACAACACGACCAAGCUUGGUGAGUUUUACAACUCCUGUUUGGACACGGCUACGCUAUCGUCGCUCGGCCUGACUCCGCUGGAGGACUCGUUCAAAGCCAUUCGGUCGGCCAACACCACGUUGGACCUCCUCAUCGUGGCUGGUGAAUUGGCCAAGAACGGCAUCCCUGCCUUCGUGGAUAUCAAGUCCAGACCUGACUACAACGACUCGACCAAGAACGCCCUCUUCGGUUUCCGAGCCCCCCUGCCGCUGAAUCGCUGGUCCUACAUCAUUUAUUCCAACGACCUCAUUCCUUCCGAGUGGUACUACAUCGAAGCCGACUACAAGGUGUACAUUGCGACGGUGUUGCAGCUAGCUGGCUACACUGCUGAGCAAGCAGCGGCUGCCGUGCCGGUGAUCAUCCGUUUCGAGCAAACUCUAGCCAGUAUCGCCCUCGACGAGCUCGAGUUGGUGGGGGCCGCUGGGUCUCCGUAUACUGCGCUUUCGUACUCCCAACUGGACCAGAAGUACCCGCUGCUUGUCGGCUCGUGGCUUAAGGCCAACGGCUUCGACGUCCGCGACCAGUCGAGUGGUUCGAACGACUGGGUGGGGUUUUACUACUUGACCUACUUUGAUAAGGCCGAAGUGUUGUUGAAGAACACGACACUAGACAACCUCCGCACCAUCGUGGAGUAUAAGCUCAUCCACGCCUCGUCGAACCACUUGACCCCUGCAUUCCGCACGGCCAACUGGAACUUGUUCGGCAAGAAGGUCAAAUUCGAAACGGUGGAACCUACUCGUGAAAAGUACUGCGUGUCUGAGACGGGCAAGACCGUGGGUGAUCUCUUGGGCCAGUACUUCUUAGACGCGGUGUGGUCGGCUGAUACAGCCAAGACGGCCGACGAACUGGUCAAGGCUUUGAGGUCGUCCUUCUCCACUGGUAUUGCCACCGCCGACUGGUUGGACAAAUCGACCCGAGCCAAUGCGCAAACGAAGCUGUCCAAGUUUGUACACUUGUUGGGUGGCCCGGAGAAGCCGCAGCUGUACCCCACGCUGACGUUUGACUCGAAGUCGUUUUUGAACAACCAGUGGAAGGUGUCUCAAGUGAACAUCGACACCAACUUAAAGCUGAAGGGCCAACCUGUGGACAGGCUCAUUUUCGACUCGGCCCCCCAGGAAGUGACCGCGAACUACAAUCCUUACGAGAACCUCAUUGUGUUCCCGGCCGGCAUUUUGCAAAAACCAUUCUUUGACGGCCAGUUUGACGCCGCCCAGAACUUUGGUGCCAUCGGGAUGGUCAUCGGACAUGAAAUUACCCACGGGUUUGACAACUUCGGCCGCGAUUACGAUGGCGACGGAAACAAGAACCCGUGGUGGUCGAAUGCCACCAACGAUGCGUUCAAGGCGAAAGCCCAGUGCUUUAGCGAUCAAUACUCCAACUUUGAGGUCAGGAGCGAAUUGACUGGCGUUGUGUUGGGCAACGUCAGCGGCGAGAUCGCUUUGGGUGAAACCAUUGCGGACAACGGGGGGCUGAAGACCAGUUUCCGCGCGUACCACGAGUACUUGAAGGAGUUCCCGUCCCAGUACACCGAAGACGCAGGCAACAAGUUGUUCUACUUGUCGUACGCCCAAGCCCAAUGCUCCAAGAACACGGAUGACCUGCUCCUCGGGAGUUUAACGAACACGCACCCGCCCGAUUGGUUCCGCGUGACAGGGGCGUUGCAAAACAACGCUGAGUUUUCACGUGUGUUCCAGUGCCCCACCGACUCGUCCUUGAACCCGUCCAAGAAGUGCUUGUUGUGGGAAUAG